AAUAGAUUGAUUGAGUCGAUCCCAAUUUUUUUUUGAAGAUUAUGUGCACUUGAUUUUUUUGAACCUGAGCAACAACAAAUUUGGGGAGAAAAUUCCAAUGGAGAUAGGGAGGAUAACUCAGCUUAAUGCACUUGAUUUGAGCCAUAAUCAUCUUGUUGGAGAAAUACCCCCUUAUCUAGCCAAUUUGAAGAGCUUGGUAAGCUUAAAUCUUUCCCACAAUGGCCUCUCUGGCCACAUUCCUGAAGAACUUGAAAGUUUGACUGGUUUGCUAGAUGCCGUGUUGUCAUACAAUGAGUUGGAAGGUCCAAUCCCUAAUAAUAAAGCUUUUAUCAAUGCCUCCUUGGAGGGCAAUAAAGGUCUUUGCGGCAAUGUAACAGGACUCCAACCUUGCGAAAGGCCAUCUUCUGUGGCAAAGAGACAUAAACUCAUCCUCAUCACUGUACUUCCUAUUAUGGGAGCACUAGUACUACUCUGUGCUUUCAUUGGUGUUCUCUUUAUGUGUGAUAAAAGAAGGAAAGUUAGAGACGUUGAAAGACGUGAUGAUGGUUGGAUUUCGAUAUCCAUGUUAGAUGGAAAGGCAUUGUAUAGAGAUAUCUUAAACGCCACAGAGGAGUUUGAUGCUACAUUUUGCAUCGGGCAAGGAGGGCAUGGAAGCGUUUACAAGGUAAACCUUCCAUCAUUAGGGAAUAUAGCUGUGAAGAGACUUCAUUCUUCAUUUGAGAAUACACAUCCCAAAAGCUUUAUGAAUGAAGUAAGGGCAUUGAUUGGGAUUAAGCACCGAAACAUCGUGAACCUCUACGGCUAUUGUUCGAAUGCACAAAACUCGUUGUUGGUUUACGAGUAUGUGGAGAGGGGGAGUUUGUCUAGUAUUUUGAGCAAUGAAGUUGAGUCCAAGAAAUUGGAUUGGCUUAAAAGGGUGAAUAUCAUCAAAGGUGUUGCUUAUGCUUUAUCUUACUUGCACCAGGAUUGUUCACCAUCGAUUGUUCAUCGAGACAUAUCAAGCAGUAACGUUUUGCUUGAUUCUGAGUAUGAAGCUCGUGUUUCAGAUUUUGGCAUAGCUAAGCUUCUCGAGCCAGACUCAUCCAAUUGCACUACACUUGCAGGCACAUAUGGCUAUGUUGCACCUGAGCUUGCAUAUACAAUGAAGGUUACACAAAUGUGUGAUGUCUAUAGCUUUGGAGUAUUAGUAUUGGAGAUAAUCAAAGGAAAGCAUCUUGGGGAAUACAUUACUGUACUAGCAAAUUCGUCGACUAAAGAUCAUGUGCAGCUUAGCGAUUUGCUAGACGAACGCCUUCCGUAUCCUGAAGAUAGAGUAAAAGAGGUUUUGUUUUUUAUCAUCAAGCUAGCAAGUUCUUGUUUGCUUGAAACUCCAAAAUCAAGGCCAACAAUGCACUUCAUCUCUAAUAGGUUAUCAUCAAUGAAUCCACGUCCACCUACUCAUGUAAGGCGAGCUAUAUAAUCCCUGAUAUGUGAGGUGUCUUUGUAUGAAAAUGAAUAAACUUUGAAACCAAGUGGUUGUGAAGUAAUUUAUUUUGAUGAUAGUAUGAUACGUUCCAUGCCAAAAUUAUUACUGGGACUAGUAUUGUCGUAUUGUCAGGGUGCUUAUCUAGUUUAUUGUAUUGAGUGUAUAAUGUAGAAGGUAAUUUUUCCUUAUGCCAAAAACUAAUGAAAACAAGCUUCAUGUUUGCUAA